AUGUGGUCACCAUUGGAAUUAUGUGUUACAUCAUUGUUUGUGAUAAUCUGCACUCAUUUAAUCUACAAAUGGAGAAACCCUAAAUGCAAUGGAGUUCUUCCUCCAGGUUCCAUGGGCUUGCCUAUCAUUGGAGAGACUCUUGAGUUGAUUAUUCCUAGUCACUCUCUAGAUUUCCAUCCGUUCAUCCGAAAAAGAAUCCAAAGAUUCGGACCAAUUUUUCGGACCAAUCUUAUCGGUCGACCAGUGAUAGUGUCAGCUGAUCCGAUUAAUAAUUAUAUUUUUCAACAAGAAGGAAACUCAGUUGAAAUGUGGUAUAUGGGAGCAUACUCGAAAAUGUUUCAGCUCGAAGGCGAAUCGAGGUUAAGCGCACCUGGCCGAGUUCAUAAGUACAUAAGAAGCGUAACUUUGAGUCAUUUUGGUGUCGAAAGCCUUCGACAACACUUGCUUCCUCAAAUACAAGAUAGUGUAAACAAAAGCUUGCAAAAUUGGUCUAUUCAGGAUUCUGUUGAUGUCAAACAAGCAGCUUCUGUCAUGGUUUUCAAUUUUACAGCAAAGAAAAUGUUUAGUUAUGGAGGCGAAAGUUCUUCAGAGGAGAUAACGGAGAAGUUCACCGGUAUCUUUAACAGUCUGAUGUCUAUACCAUUGAAUAUCCCCGGCACAACUUAUUAUAAAUGUUUGAAGGACCGAGAGGCGAUGCUAAAAAUGUUGAGAGAGACGCUCAAGGAGAGACUCGAUUCACCUGAGAUGCGUCGAGGAGAUUUUCUUGAUCAAAUCAUCGAUGAUAUGGAUUCGGAAAAGGUCCUGACCGAGGAACUUAUUCCUCAAUUCAUCUUCGGGAUUUUACUUGCCGGAUUUGAGACUACUUCAACAACUUUAACAUUAGCUUUCAAGUUUCUAGCAGAAUACCCUUUAGUCUUAGAGGAGUUGACGGCUGAGAACGAGGCAAUUUUGAAAAACAGAGAAAAUCCUGAGCUACCACUGACAUGGGAUGAAUACAAGUCGUUGAAUUUUACGCAUCAUGUGAUCAACGAAACGCUGAGAUUGGCGAAUUUUCUGCCAGGGCUAUUGCGGAAAGCUUUGAAAGAUAUUCGAGUCAAAGAUUACACAAUCCCAGCUGGUUGGACAAUUAUGGUUGUGAAGUCAGCUAUGCAGUUAAAUCCUGAUAUAUACAAGGAUCCACUUGUAUUUAAUCCUUCGCGUUGGAAGGAUCUGGACUCAAGUACAGUUUCUAAGAGUUUCAUGCCAUUUGGUGGAGGAUCAAGGCAAUGUGCAGGAGCAGAGUACAGUAAACUAUUUAUGACUAUAUUUCUGCAUGUUCUGGUUACUAAAUAUAGGUGGAGAAAAAUCAAGGGAGGUGACAUUAUUCGAAAUCCUAUUCUAGGUUUUGGAGGUGGCCUGCAUAUUAAGGUUUCAGUUAAACAUCAGUGAAACAUUCUUCUAGUUACUCUUAUGGCAGACAUGAAAACAUGUAAUGUGUUGUGUUUAGUUUAUGUAGGAGUUCAUUUAGUAACUCUAAUUUUAAA